AUGGCUUGGCCAGCCAGAGCCAAAACACUAGCAGAGAAACAGCGAAGAAACAGACUGGCUACCGCAGCCCAGAAAUGCUCGACCUUUACCUGUGGCUAUAAGCGUAGCUAUAAGCGUAGCUAUAAGCGUAGCUAUAAACGCAGCUAUGAGCGUAGCUAUAAGCGUGGCUAUGAGCGUAGCUAUAAGCGUGGCUAUAAGCGUAGCUAUGAGCGUAGCUAUAAGCGUGGCUAUGAGCGUGGCUAUAAGCGUAGCUAUGAGCGUGGCUAUAAGCGUGGCUAUAAGCGUGGCUAUGAGCGUAGCUAUGAGCGUAGCUAUGAGCGUAGCUAUAAGCGUGGCUAUGAGCGUAGCUAUGAGCGUAGCUAUGAGCGUGGCUAUAAGCGUAGCUAUGAGCGUGGCAAUAAGCGUAGCUAUGAGCGUGGCUAUAAGCGUGGCUAUAAGCGUGGCUAUAAGCGUGGCUAUGAGCGUGGCUAUAAGCGUGGCUAUGAGCGUAGCUAUAAGCGUAGCUAUAAGCGUAGCUAUGUGCGUAGCUAUGAGCGUAGCUAUAAGCGUAGCUAUAAGCGUAGCUAUAAGCGUAGCUAUAAGCGUAGCUAUAAGCGUAGCUAUGAGCGUAGCUAUGAGCGUAGCUAUAAGCGUAGCUAUAAGCGUAGCUAUGAGCGUAGCUAUGAGCGUAGCUAUGAGCGUAGCUAUGAGCGUAGCUAUGAGCGUAGCUAUGAGCGUAGCUAUGAGCGUAGCUAUGAGCGUAGCUAUAAGCGUAGCUAUAAGCGUGGCUAUAAGCGUGGCUAUAAGCGUGGCUAUAAGCGUGGCUAUGAGCGUGGCUAUGAGCGUGGCUAUGAGCGUAGCUAUGAGCGUAGCUAUGAGCGUAGCUAUGAGCGUAGCUAUGAGCGUAGCUAUGAGCGUAGCUAUGAGCGUAGCUAUGAGCGUAGCUAUGAGCGUAGCUAUGAGCGUAGCUAUGAGCGUAGCUAUGAGCGUAGCUAUGAGCGUAGCUAUGAGCGUAGCUAUGAGCGUAGCUAUGAGCGUAGCUAUAAGCGUAGCUAUAAGCGUGGCUAUGAGCGUGGCUAUAAGCGUAGCUAUGAGCGUAGCUAUAAGCGUAGCUAUGAGGGUAGCUAUGAGCGUAGCUAUAAGCGUAGCUAUGAGCGUAGCUAUAAGCGUUUCUAUGAGCGUGCUGUGAGCGUAGUUAUGGGCGUGGCUAUUCAACCUCAAUACUCCAUCCAAAUUAAAAUGUCUUUGUGCCAUGAUUUUUAA